AUGGCUGUUACAAGUGAGAGAUCACUGUCUGAAGGGAAGGUUUGGAGUCUCUGCAGAAUGCCAUUUUGGCACUCCAGCAAUGCUGAUGGUUCUUCUUCAUCUUCUUCUUCGCUGAGUGUUCACCACCAAAACCAGCUUGUCGAUCAACCUGAUGUCCAUUCUCUGACUUUGGUCUCGUCCGUGGCAAAGUCUUUUCUUCCAACUCGGCGCCGACUCAGUCUUGAUCCCCCAACAAACUCUACUUUCCCUGUACUUCUCUCCCCCUCUACUGUUGUGUAUGUAAAUGCUUCUAUACGUACAUUGCGCUUUCGGUGUUUCACUUAUAUGAUGAGCCUGGUAAACAAGUCAAGAGUGCAAUCAGGAUCAAAAACAUCAGCAAGUCUCAUGUAG